AUGGCGGGUGGCAGCCCGGCAAAAGAGGAGGUGCGGACGCCUCGUGAGUUGGAGAUGCAGAUGGAAGAGAAGGUCGUGCAGCGGAAUCAGCCUCGUCGCAAGAAGAAUCAAGCUGACCUUGCUGAUGAGCUCGAGUUCUUCACGGACCUCCGCAAUACGCUGCUGAUGAAGAAGAACAAGAAGAAGAAGGAGAAGAGCACGCCCGAGAAGGAGAGGUUCGAUUGUUCCAACUCCUACCGUAGUCUGGGCACGCAGAAGGGGCUUGGUUUUCUCGACAAUCGUAUCAAGGUCUUGCGCAAGCGGCUGGGGAUAACCGCCGGAACUGCCCACACCUCCCCCGCGAUCUCUGAUCUGUCGGACCCCUCGGGGAAGCAUAUGAAUGGUCUCAGUGAUCUGAGUUCGACAUUCGGAGCAGAUCCAAUUUCAGAUGAUGAUGAUGGUGCUGAUGGUUCUGGUGACGACGAGGAAGAGGAUAAGAUGGAGUGUGGCAAGCCAGCCAUGGAGGAGGAGGAGGCCCAGAGGAUCACCGGCUCCACACCAAUUUCGGAGAUUGAUGCAGAGGCAGUGAUGGAGGCAGAUGCCCAAGAUACCGAUGUAUCAGAGAAACCUGAUCCCAUUUCCACCAACACAACGGCAAAAGUGUCCAUAAACGGUGAUGGCCAUGAUGGAGCUGACACUGAUUGUGUUGACGACGAUGAGGUAGACAGAGGCAAAUCAGAGGCACAAUUAGCCAAGGAGAAGAGGGUGAUGUCUACCGAGGAGCUCAAGUUUGAGUCCUUCCGUCGUGGCUGGGAGACUGCGUUUAGCCGACGCAGCGGCCACUUCCUUAACAAGACGACAGUGAGUUCCAUGCAGUUUACACACUUGGCACCUGUGGGCGCAUCCCAUGGGGCGCUGGCAUAG